CCCCCAACACUCAUAGAGUUAACCAAACCACUUCCUUCUCUUACUUGAAAUCCAUAAACCACAAAUUUAUUUCAUAAGCUCCACUAAACCAUUCACUAAUUAAUGGAGGCACCAACUUGGGCCGCCUACGCAGUUGCAUUGCUAGCGGCGAUAACACUAGUACAACUUACUAACCACCUCUUGCUUCGCCGUAAACUUAACCUACCACCGGGCCCAAAACCAUGGCCCAUUAUAGGGAACUUCAAUCUUAUUGGGCCCCUUCCUCACCACUCAAUCGACAAGCUCUCUAAGAAAUAUGGGCCUAUAAUGAUGCUCAAAUAUGGGUCAGUACCCGUGUUAGUGGGCUCAUCGGUGGAAAUGGCAAAAUGUUUCCUUAAAACAAAUGAUGUAAUCUUUGCCGGCAGGCCUCAAAAUGCUGCCGGAAAGUACACAACAUAUAACUACUCCGAUAUUACAUGGUGCCAAUACGGUCCAUAUUGGCGCCAAGCGAGAAAAAUAUGCUUAAUGGAGCUCUUUAACGUUAAAAGACUCGAAUCAUACGAGUACAUACGUGUAGAAGAACUUAAUUCCGUCUUAAAAGGUUUAUAUAACAUAAACGGAGAAUCCACACGGUUAAAAGAUCACUUAUUUACUUUGAACCUAAAUGUGAUUAGUAGGAUGGUGUUAGGGAAAAAGUACUUGGAAAAAAACGACGACGAAAAGUCGGUUGUAACAAUAGAGGAAUUCAAGGUAAUGCUUGAUGAGUUGUUCUUGUUGAAUGGGGUGUUGAAUCUUGGAGAUUGGAUCCCUUGUAUUAAGUACCUUGAUGUUCAAGGUUAUGUAAAGAGGAUGAAGAUUUUGGCUAAGAAGUUUGAUAAGUUUUUGGAACAUGUUUUGGAUGAACAUAAUGCUAGAAGGGAAAAGGAGAAGGAUGAUUGGGUGGCUAAAGAUAUGGUGGAUGUGUUAUUACAACUUGCUGAUGAUCCUAAUCUUGAAGUUAAGCUUGAGAGAAUUGGAGUCAAGGCUUUCUGCCAGGAUUUGGUUGCUGGUGGUACGGAGAGUUCAAUAAUAAUCGUAGAGUGGGCAAUUUCAGAACUCCUAAGAAAACCAGAAAUCUUUGCAAAGGCAACCGAAGAGCUUGACCGCGUAAUAGGUAAAAAUAGAUGGGUUGAAGAGAAAGACAUAAAAAACUUACCUUAUAUCCGCGCAAUUGUGAAAGAAACAAUGAGAUUACACCCUGUUGCACCUAUGCUCUCACCUCGUCUGGCACGUGAGCAAGUUCAAAUUAAAGGUUAUGAUAUCCCAAAGGGUAGUAUUGUACUUGUCAAUACUUUUACCAUACAAAGAGACCCUAAUGUGUAUCAAAAUCCUGAAGAGUUUUGGCCUGAGAGAUUUGUUGGAAAUGAUAUUGAUGUCAAAGGUCAUAACUUUGAGUUGUUGCCUUUCGGGUCGGGUAGAAGGAUGUGCCCGGGUUAUAGUCUUGGACUUAAAAUUAUUGAGUCAAGUUUGGCUAAUAUUCUUCAUGGGUUUGAAUGGAAAUUGCCUGGUAAUAUGAAGGUUGAAGAUUUAAAUAUGGACGAGAUAUGUGGUCUUUCUAACCCAAAGAAGAUUCCUCUUACUGCUUGUGCUCAGCCUCGACUUCCUCGUCAUAUAUAUCAUAUGUGAUUCGAAUAUGGGAUCAUUUUGAGUUUGUGUUAAUUAAGCUUGUGCGUUGCUCGGAUUUGUAAAAAAAAUGUUGUUGUUUUCUUGUCCCUGAUAAGAAAGAAGAAUAAUACUGUGUAAUACUUUGAACAUUAAUCUUUGAUCGUGUCAUGGUAUGAAUUAUCA